CGGGACAAGCAACAACGCCGCCGCACAGAGAAAGUAGUAAAUUAAUGUCCGUCAAAUUCAAAAACAUAACCCUCAGAUGCGAAGUGUCAAUAAGUAUAAGUGUGAAAAAUUUAACAAGAGACAAACGAAUAAAAAAUUAAUAUAAAAAAUAGAAAAAAUACUCGAGCUUCGUUUGUGAGGAUGCCGAGUAAACACUGUGUAUAUGCAUCGUGCAAUUCUGACAACCGUUACCCUGAGGACGGAGUUUUUUUCAUACCAUUUCCAAAACCUAAAAAAGACUUGGAAAAAAGUAUACGUUGGCUGGAGGCCUGCAAUCACCCCAGGUUGACGGUGGAGACAAUCACAAAGCAUACUUAUAUAUGUAGUAAACAUUUCGAGGGAGGUAAUGGUCCCACCAGUGAACAUCUUGAUCCAAUCCAGUGUACGGAAUCUAAGAUCAAAGUACGACGAGUCAACCCAUUACCAUAUACAGUUCCUAAUCGAUCGCAGCCACCUCCUGUUCCUGUUGAAACUGAUGGAACUCCAGAAUCAGAAAAAGAUGGUUCGGAGGAUGGAGAUCGAGAAAUAUUCGAGGAUAUCUGUAUACUGGAGGAGUCACUAUUCGAUGUGGAUUGCUCGAGUGCUACAGGGGUUGUCCAUGAGGAAAAUAGCAGCAUUGAGGUUCAGAAUCGUCCCCCAUUAACUGAUAAUGGAGAUGAAUGGGAUGGAGAGCACCAGAUUGAUCUAUCUACACAAAAUGCCACCACUCAAACCUGUGUAGCAGUGGAAGGAAUCCAAGUACAAGAGCUGCAAGCCAGAAUAGCUGAAUUGGAAAUGGAGUCAGGGAAAGGUCAGUUUGGCUGUGAUGAAUUAAGGCGCCAGAUUAAUCCAUCUACACAAGAUGCAACCACUGAAACCUGUAUAGCAGUGGAAGGGAUUUAUAUUAAAGAGCUGCAAGCAAAAAUAACUGCAUUGGAAACAGAGUUAGGGAAAUGUCGAUUCGGCUAUGAUGAAUCAAGGCAGAAUAAGAUAGCUUUUGAAUUCUAUACAGGCUUGACUUAUGGGCAAUUCGAUGCCUUAUGGUCUUUUCUAAAUCCUGAAGCGUCGAGGCUGCAAAUUUGGAGAGGGAAAGACACUCCAUUGCAACCCCAAAAAAAGCAUCAUAAACAAAAGUUGAAUGCAAGAGAUCAAUUAGUUCUCACUCUUGUCAGAUUGCGAAGUGGUUUGUUAUUGAAAGACCUCGCUUUACGCACUGGUUUGAGUGAAAGUUCGAUUUCGAAAAUUAUAGUAACAUGGAUUCAGUUCAUAUAUUUAAAAUUUAAGAAUUUGAAUGUUUUUCCAUCUCGACACAUGACAUCAAAGAAAGGUUUGCCGGCAUGUUUCCAGCAAUUCAAGAACAUACGUGUAAUUAUCGAUGGAAUGGAAAUAAAUACUCAAAGACCUCAAGAUUACAGAGAACAAGGAAACACUUACUCAGCUUAUAAGGCACAUAACACUCAUAAAUUUUUGAUUGGAAUAGUGCCCACCGGGGGAAUAUGCUUCGUGUCCACCGCGUUCGAAGGCUCGAUAAGUGACCGAGACCUGUUUCAAAAAUCUAACAUCAUGGAAUCACUCCAGGAAGGUGAUGCAAUCAUGGCCGAUCGUGGUUUCAAUAUUCGAGAUUUAUUGCAGGCAAAGAAAUGUUCAUUAAUUAUUCCGCCAUUUUUGAAAGGACGUGAGGCAUUUACAGCUCAUGAAGUAUUCUCAACACGUGAAAUUGCAUCAGCUAGAAUUCACGUUGAAAGAGCAAUUGGGAGGGUGAAGGAGUAUAGGAUUUUACAAAGAAACAUUCCAGCAAGCUUAUCAUUGAUUACGUCACAAAUUGUUUUUGUCAUUGCCAUGCUCGUAAACUUUCAAGAGCCACUAGUAACAUAAUGAAUAUAAUAUAAUGUAAAUUCAACACAAAAUAACAUGGAUCAACUAGAAUAAGAAUAUAAUAAAUUAUCAAUCUCAUUAACCA